CAGGGUUAUUGUUGAAGAGAAGUGGUCUGUAUCAGAUCAUUGAACAGAAUGUCUGGCCGUGGCAAAAAGGUGCAGAAGGCUGCUAGUGGCAAGUCCUCCAGAUCUGCCAAGGCAGGUUUGCAGUUCCCAGUGGGCCGUAUCCACAGGCUUCUGAGGAAGGGAAACUACGCUGCGAGAAUUGGUUCUGGAUCUUCCAUCUAUCUGGCCGCCACUCUGGAAUACCUGUGCGCUGAGGUGUUGGAAUUGGCAGGAAAUGCUGCCAGGGACAACAAGAAAUCCAGGAUCAUGCCAAGGCACAUCCAGCUGGCAGUCAGGAACGAUGAUGAACUGGCCAAGCUGUUUGAGGGUGUGACCAUCGCUGAUGGAGGAGUCCUGCCCAACAUCCAGUCUGCUCUGCUGCCAAAGAAAACUGUCAAAGGCUCAUCAUCUUCACAAGAACCUAAAGUUGCUGAAUCUCAGGAGUUUUAAGGCUGAAAACACACUUAUGUUCACAUAGACCUUUUAAUAUUGGUAACUUAUUAUGGUGACUUGGAGUUAAUCAAUAAUGGGUGUAAAUGAUUUAUGUGAUGUGUAGAUUAUACAUAGUUUUGCAAAUAAAAUAUAUUACUUUUUAACAAAAAAA